CUUAGCUAUGAAGAUGUUUUUAACAAUUGCGAAAAUAGGCCAUAUGGGGCAUGUUCAAGCCCGGAAGACUGUGCGCUUUUUCUACCACAGAACAGGAUCAAGUCUUUGAUUCAAUCAGACAGAGUGGUGUCGACAUUACGCCAAAACAUCCCGGGAAUUGAUAGCCGGGAGGUCCAGAUUGUGGCCGACUAUGUUACGACUGACGCAAAACAAGUCUUUCUCACGCUGGUAUAUUCCGGCACCGUCAAGCACAUCAGGGGCCUCCAAAGCAAAGGUUUUGUGGACAAACAUCUUCCAAUUCGUAUCGAGUAUGAUGCAUCGGACCCUCCAAGGAUACUCGGCCGCGACUCAAAUACUCCCUUGCACUGCUUUGCAGACUGGUGCUUACGCGAAGUUAAUAGUUUCUGUCAAGAGCAAUGGAUCUUCUUAGCUCCAGUGUUCCGACAAGACAAGUUUGCCUACAAAUUUGAAAAGGGCCACCGACUUCCUCUUAUGCCAGCUGAUGAGCCUGGAGCUGGCUUAGGCAAUUUUGGGACAGUGCAGCGGUUCAAACUUCAUUCUGCACAUUGUCAACAAGUGCCUUCCUCUCGUGGAGGCAUUCACGACAACACAGAUGAGCCUUUGGACGUGGCCGUAAAGCGACUGAUUCGAAACGAUCACCAAACGGAUAAGCUUUAUCAAAGAGAAACGAAUGCGUUGGAGACGAUGAAAAAGCUGAACAACAACCACUUGAUAAAGGCCAUUGCGACAUACACAAAGGGAAAUAAUAAGUAUAUCGUAUUCCCAUGGGCCAAUGGAGGCAACCUUCAGCAUAUGAUGGAAACUGACCAAAGAAAACUUGAUGAGGGACUAGCAAAUUGGGUUCUCCUUCAAAUUGCUGGUCUCUCUGACGGUAUCCGGGCCUUGCAUUCGAAAAAGAUUCGCCAUGGAGACGUCAAGCCUUCUAACAUUCUUUGUUUCAAUUACGAUCCUCGAAUGUCUGGUAACACCAUUCUAAAGAUUGCUGAUGUUGGCCUCGCAAAGUUGCACGAGAUACACACCUGCGACCGGACCAACGCUACGACCACUAAGCACGGCAGUAUCGCAUAUGAGCCCCCAGAGGUAUAUGCCAAGAAAACAAAUGUGAUUCUGUCUCGAAGGUACGAUACAUGGUCACUCGGUUGCGUCUUCUUGGAGAUUAUUAUUUGGGCGAUAUACGGUGUAGAAGGUUUUACAUUAUUUCACGAACAGCUUAGCCAAGAUCUCAGCUACCACAGAUGUCGAAAAGAUGAUUCCCCUAAGCGACAUCCGACUGUUUGUAUUUGGAUUCAGAGAUUAAAGAGCGAUAUCACAAGUGAUUCAGCAUUCCGUGAGUUGACACAGCUUAUCGACGCAAAGCUUCUAGUUAGGGUCACUGAACGCGUGUAUUCCGAAACACUGUGCUACGAACUAGAGGAAAUCAAGAGAAGAGCUGCUGCGAAUUCAGCUUAUCUUUUCAAUUCGGAAAUGGAGAGACUUGCAGCAAACAGG